CCCCGUGCAAGUGUAAGGAUCCACAUUUUAUCAGGCUUGCGCCGCCGCACUAAGUAAUAUUUUAUUGUAGGUGAUUUUUUUGUUGGAGCAGAGGUUUAGAAUCGUGUCGCAGUAAUUUCUGGUUCUCCAACUGUUUGUGAUCAGAAUUAAUUUCGGGUGUCUUUUAUGAAUAAUCAAAAGCAGCAAAAGCCAACGCUAACCGGCCAGCGUUUUAAAACUAGGAAAAGAGAUGAAAAGGAGAGAUUUGACCCUACUCAGUUUCAGGAAAGUAUUGUUCAAGGUCUGAAUCAAACUGGCACUGAUUUGGAAGCAGUUGCGAAGUUCCUUGAUGCCUCUGGCGCCAAACUUGACUACCGUCGCUAUGCAGAGACCCUCUUCGACAUCCUGGUGGCUGGCGGAAUGCUGGCCCCGGGUGGUACUCUGUCUGAUGACAUGACCCGAACGGAGUUCUGUCUCUUCACUGCACAAGAGGACCUGGAGACCAUGCAAGCGUAUGCUCAGGUUUUUAACAAACUAAUCAGGCGUUACAAGUACCUGGAGAAAGGGUUCGAAGAGGAGAUCAAGAAGUUGCUGCUGUUUUUAAAGGGUUUCACUGAGUCGGAGCGCAACAAGUUGGCGAUGCUAGCAGGCAUCCUCUUGGCCAAUGGAAACAUAUCUGCCUCCAUUCUGAGCAGUCUCUUCAACGAGAACCUUGUCAAAGAAGGCGUUUCGGCCGCCUUUGCUGUGAAGCUGUUCAAAUCAUGGAUCAACGAGAAGGACAUUAACUCCGUCGCUGCCAGUCUGCGCAAAGUUGGCAUGGACAACAGGCUGAUGGAGCUGUUCCCAGCCAACAAGCGGAGCUGUGAGCACUUCUCAAAGUACUUCACGGACGCCGGGCUUAAGGAGUUGUCUGACUUCGCCCGGAACCAGCAGUCCAUUGGCGCUCGCAAGGAGCUUCAAAAGGAGCUCCAGGAGCAGAUGUCACGCGGGGACCCGUUUAAAGACAUCAUUGCCUACGUGAAGGAGGAGAUGAAGAAGACCAGCAUCUCGGAGCAGACGAUGAUCGGCAUCGUAUGGACCAGCGUGAUGAGCUCCGUAGAGUGGAAUAAAAAAGAGGAACUGGUAACUGAACAAGCCAUCAAACAUUUGAAGCAAUACAGCCCUCUCCUGAAGGCCUUCACCUCCCAGGGCCUCUCAGAACUCACCCUCCUGCUCAAAAUCCAGGAAUACUGCUAUGACAACAUCCACUUCAUGAAAGCUUUCCAGAAGAUUGUGGUGCUUCUCUAUAAAGCGGACGUUUUGAGCGAGGAGGCCAUUCUGAAGUGGUACAGCGAAGCUCAUGUGGCAAAGGGAAAGAGUGUGUUCCUGGAGCAGAUGAAGAAGUUUGUCGAGUGGCUCAAAAACGCAGAGGAAGAGUCCGAGUCUGAGGAAGAAGAAGCGGACUGAAGGCUGAAAUGAAUAUGUGUGUUUUAAAAAAGUAGCAGCAGGAGCAGUAGAACGUUUUGUUACAGAAGUGCUUGUCUUUCUAGUUUUUUUUUUUUUUUUUUUUUUUUUUUUUUUUCUAUUCUACCUCCUAUAUUUUCAGCCGUAACAUUUAGAUGUAAUUUAAGGGCUUGGUCAUCCCAGUGAUUUUUAACUCCGUUUUCUAAGCUAAUAAAGUUUACACUUCAAAUGGCAUCAGUGGGUGAACCCAAUGACUAUGAAUUCACAUUUGGAAAUCCUGACAGAUUGAACCUAGCCAAUAUGUUUUUUUUAUUUUUUAUUUAUUUUUUUUUAUUCUCACACCCCCCUCAAAAAAAAAAAAAAACAUUCCAUGUGAAUUCCAACCCCACUGGCACCCUCAAAAUUACUGUUUCUAAUGCGUUGGGGUUAGCUUGGGUGUUCAAGUGAUUUGAGUAUGCCUUCUUCAAAUGUUAAAGCGAGGCACUUUAUCAUUUUCUUUUUUGUAAUGUAAUUGCCUUUUUUUGCCAAAGGAGUAAGCCCUGCUUUAUUUUCUUUUUACCCAGUAUUAGGUAUUGCUCUCGUCCCCCAUUUUGACAACUGUACAAAAAAUAAUGCGGCAGUUUAUCAAGGCACUGCUGGUGAGCGGCUUUGGGGGACAUGUGAUUUUGAUGAGUUUCUUAACAUGCAGUGCUAGCUCACUGGUUAAUAUUGUUUUGUUUUUUUUUCUCCCCCCCCCUUUUACCCUAAUAUCAAUUUGACUUUUUAAGAAAAUAAAGAGAAUCAAAGUA